CAAAGGCUCGUCACUCCUACAUGCUAAAUACAGCGCCUGGCACAGUGGAGGAGAAGAGUCCCCCCCGUUGCCGCUUAAAACAUGUACUGGAACACUUCUGCAAGGAAAGGGCUUCGGGGGGCGCUCUCUCCUACCCAGAACUGGAGAGCUUUGUAGUGGCCGCAGGACAGAGACUUCUCGUCCUUUGUUGACUUCCGAAAAGAGACGUUAAACCCACCCCGGCCCUACCGCGGAGUAUAAAAGGCUGAGUGGUGCAAUGGAAAUCGAAGAGGUUUGCUACCGCUGCGGGGCGGAGAUCGGCCUGUCUAUAGCGGCGGCGAAAAAUCCAAUGUUUGUGGCUAAUUGCUUUUAAGAGGGGAGAGCCCAGCUUCCAAACUAACCCUUAAACCUUUCUUCCCAGGAUAAGUGGACUGGCCGUCCUCAAGCGGAGACAGAAACUCACUCUCCACAUGCUCAAGGGGCACUCUUCCACACCCGCACUCCCGGCCCGUUCUCCUGGAAGGCAUCCGAGCGCCGAGCGCUGAGCCCGUUUCGCCUGCCGGCGCUAAAGCGGCGAAGUUUGCAGGGACCCGUCCUCCCUCUCCGGCGUUGCCCGGUGCGGCGCCAGACGUUCCGGAUCCACUCCGGAGCGGCGGGGCGGGGUGUCGUGACUUCACCGCCGCUGCUCGCCAUUGGUCCCGCGUCUUGUCACUCAGCGCACUUCCUUCUCGGGGGAAAGAAAGGCGACAGGCGAGAGAGAGAAAGAAAGAGAGCAAUUAAAAAGUUUGUGGGGGCCAGGAGAACGCCGCCGGAGUUGGUUGCGGGCCGCCGUUGGAGACGCCCGCGGCGGGGACUCCCCAAGGCGCGCCGGGCAGCCUACCCCCAUGUGAGACCUUGCCGUUUUGGGGGGUGGCGGCGGAGGGCGAGCUCCGCGAUGGCCUCUCCGACCGCCGGCGGCACCUCCUCAGCCUCUCCAGCCCCGAUGUCCCCCGGCGCAGCCCCUGAGCCGGCUCCGGCAGGCGCCCCACCGGCCGGCGGCGCCCCGCCUUGCCACGGCGUCUCUUUCAACAUCCAGAUCGGGCUGACCCGGGAGUUCGUCCUGCUGCCGGCAUCCUCCGACCUCGCCCACGUCAAGCAACUGGCGUGCUCCAUCGUGGACCAGAAGUUUCCAGAGUGUGGCUUCUAUGGUCUCUACGACAAGAUCUUGCUCUUCAAACAUGACCCGUCAUCGGCCAACAUCCUGCAGCUGGUCCGAGCGGUUGGUGACAUCCAAGAAGGGGACCUGGUUGAGGUGGUGCUCUCCGCCUCAGCUACUUUCGAGGACUUCCGGAUCCGCCCUCACGCCCUCAACGUGCACUCGUACCGCGCUCCGGCUUUCUGCGACCACUGUGGGGAGAUGCUCUUUGGCUUGGUGCGGCAAGGCCUGAAGUGUGACGGUUGUGGGCUGAACUACCACAAGCGCUGUGCCUUCAGCAUCCCCAACAACUGUAGCGGGGCUCGGAAGCGGCACCUCUCUUCCACCUCGCUUGGCAACUCCCAGUCCCUGCGCCUCUCAACCACAGACUCCUUGCCCUCCACUUCUGAUGAUCUGAGUCGGAGCUCCAUAGAGUCCUUUCCCCGCCGGCUAACUUCCUCCUCGUACAUUGGCCGCCCCAUUGAACUGGACAAGCUCUUCUUCUCCAAGGUCAAGGUGCCCCACACCUUCCUCAUCCACUCUUACACCCGCCCAACUGUCUGCCAAUACUGCAAGAAACUCCUCAAAGGUCUCUUCCGCCAAGGCCUCCAGUGCAAAGAUUGCAAGUUCAACUGCCACAAGCGCUGUGCUACUCGGGUGCCCAAUGACUGCCUUGGGGAGACGCUCUUCAACGGUGGCGAUGUGCAGAUGGAGGAAACCAGCGACCUCAGUGAGGCUGAGAAGAACUCGCUCAUGGACGAAUCGGAUGACUCUGGAAUCAUUCCCGGGUCCCAUUCAGAGAAUGAGAUGCAGAUGGGUGAGGACCCCGAUGACAUCAGCAAAUCCCAGGGCUCCGUCGGCUACAUCCCCCUGAUGCGAGUGGUGCAGUCUGUCCGACAGACAACCCGCAAGUCCAGCACGGCUCUGAAGGAAGGCUGGAUGGUUCACUUCAGCAACAAGGACACCCUACGGAAGCGUCAUUACUGGCGUCUGGACAGCAAAUGCCUCACCCUCUUCCAAAACAACACCAGCAGUCGCUACUACAAGGAGAUUCCGCUGUCGGAGAUCUUAGCAGUGGAGCCGGUCCAGGACUUCUCUCUGGUGCCAUCGGGUGCCAACCCUCAUUGCUUUGAAAUUAUCACGGCCAAUGCCACUUACUACGUUGGGGAAAAUGGCAUGCCCAGCAACCACCAGCAUGGGGGAGACGGCCUGGAGCAUGCCAGGGCUUGGGAAAAUGCCCUCCGACAGGCCCUCAUGCCAGUGGUCCUUCAGGGGGCUCCUAGUGCCCAAGGACAGGCCCCUCACAGACAGGCAUCGUUACGAAUCUCUGUGUCCAACAGCCAGAUCCAGGAGAAUGUGGAUAUUGCCACCGUUUACCAGAUCUUCCCAGAUGAAGUCUUGGGCUCUGGGCAGUUUGGCGUAGUCUACGGAGGAAAACACCGGAAGACGGGCCGGGACGUGGCAGUGAAAGUGAUCGACAAGCUCCGCUUCCCCACCAAGCAAGAGAGCCAACUGCGCAACGAGGUUGCCAUCUUGCAGAGCCUGAGGCAUGCUGGGAUUGUAAAUCUGGAGUGCAUGUUCGAGACGCCAGAGAAAGUCUUUGUGGUGAUGGAGAAGCUGCACGGGGACAUGCUGGAAAUGAUCUUGUCAUCGGAGAAGGGUCGGCUCCCCGAGAGACUUACCAAGUUCCUUAUCACACAGAUCCUGGUGGCCCUGCGACAUCUGCAUUUCAAGAACAUUGUGCAUUGUGACCUGAAGCCUGAGAAUGUCCUCCUGGCUUCAGCCGAACCAUUCCCUCAGGUGAAGUUGUGUGACUUUGGCUUUGCACGCAUCAUUGGCGAGAAGUCGUUCCGCCGUUCUGUGGUGGGCACCCCGGCCUACCUGGCACCUGAGGUCCUGCUCAACCAGGGCUACAACCGCUCUCUAGACAUGUGGUCAGUAGGGGUCAUCAUGUAUGUCAGCCUGAGCGGCACCUUCCCUUUUAAUGAGGAUGAAGAUAUCAAUGACCAGAUCCAGAAUGCCGCCUUCAUGUACCCGCCUAACCCUUGGCGCCAGAUCUCAGUCGGAGCCAUUGAUCUGAUCAACAACCUGCUCCAAGUGAAGAUGAGGAAACGCUACAGUGUCGAUAAAUCGCUCAGCCACUCUUGGUUGCAGGAUUACCAAACUUGGCUGGACCUGCGAGAGCUGGAACGCAGGAUGAGGCAGCGUUACAUCACCCACGAAAGUGACGAUGCCCGAUGGGAGCAGUUUGCUGCUGAGCACUGCUUGCCCUAUCCUGACCACUUGCGGGUUCGCCAGCUGAAAGAGGAAGAGGAGGAAGAGGUGGAGGAGGAAGGCCAGAAGGACACUGAGAUGAAGGGCUUGGCCGAGAGGGUCAGUGUGCUCUGAACAUCUCCUGCCGCUGGAGGCUCAAAUGAAGGAUGAACAGACAACUGGACUCUUGCACAGGGCAUCUGUCUGCGCCUCCUAGGGACAGACCUUAUUUUGAAAGAGGUGGCAGCUCCCCCUGCUGGUGGUGCUAGGGAACAUGCUCAGUCUCAGAACUUUGCUCCAGUUCACAUCCCAGGUUUUCUAACUACCCUGUUGGCGAACGAUGGAGGGGAAGGGGCCAGCCACUUCUUCCAUUUAGUCCUUUUGGGGGGCUCUUGUGAAAGGUCGGAGGCUGCUGAAGGAGAGGAAAUGUUGGGGAUGGGGGGUUAUGAGCCACAGGCUGUUCUAGCGCAUGAGGAGGUCACUGCAGUUCUUGACACAGAAGGAAUGUUUUGUAUCUUUUUGGGGACCCCCCCAUCUAUGGAGGUUCUCAGGCAGGUGGUGGUCCACACUGAAAUGAUCUGCCUCUAGUUCUUCCAUUGCUGGGGAGGGGGAUUGAUUUACCAGAUUGGAAUGGGAACGCAUCUCUCCGUUCAGUCUCAAAACUGGUUGUGAAUAUUCCAUGUUAAUUGGAGCAAUUAACCCUCCAUCCUCAGCAACUAAAAGGGGGGGCAGGGACUGGCCCCCAGGCCUCCAGUGCCUUGCUGCCAACCCUCGUUUUGUUCUGCAAACCUGGAUGAUCUUUCUCUCUCCCACCUCCAAUGCCUUUGCCUCUUUCUGCCCCCCCAAUGGCCCGUUGGUUCCAUGUCGGUUUAAAAUGUUACCGUCUGAAGCAGUCCAGAAUGGAAAAAAAAAACUAGUUCCUUGUGCAAGAAACAAAGCCAGCUUUUCUUCCAGAAGCCCAGAGUUAACGGCCAACCUUUGGGCAAGCAUCUUGGCAUCACAGACAUUUGCAACGGCCAGAGGCCAUUCACUAAAAGGGAGACAGGGGGGAGGGGGAAGAGCCAAUGGGGAAACCACAAGGGGAAAAAGGUGGUUGGCUUUCCAAUCAUACACACACUCUCUCUUACUUUUUAAAGAUAUAUAUAUGGGUAGCCUCUUUGUUGAAAUGACAGCCAGUCUGCCAAGGCUCAAGGAGAGCUGAGGAUGGGGCCUGAAAGCCUGAUAAGGUUUUGAAAGAGGGGCGGCAAGGAAAGCAUGUGCAGCUAGCUAGAGCAGUGGCUCUCAACGUUUCUGCCUUCAGGUGACGCUUUUGACGUUUAGCUUUCGGCCAAGCAGUAUUCUGUGUGAUUUGCCGCAGGAUGCGAUGCGUUGACAAAAGGCAGUACAGACAAUUGCAAUGUCUCCUCCCUGCCCUGCCCACCCAGGUACUGGCAGGUCUGGAGCCAUGUCCCCAAACACCCUGUGCUGUUUUCUCCCGGACUUCCCUUCCCCUGUUUUGUAUGGAGGGGGAUAACUACACUUGCCUCAGUUUCCCCAUGAUUUGUGCACGGAGCAUGGAAGGACUUCUUGCAAACUAUUGAAGAGGCAGCCUGUGCCGGAUCGGCAAAGGUAUUCAUUCUGGCUGCCGACAAGGCACGAGAAAUAUCUUUUCCCACCUUGGGGGCAGGAGCAAAGAAUCUGACCUCCCUUGCCUGGACAGCUGCACCAGUGGUCAUUACGUGUGGCCUCAGAUGUCUCUUUUGAAAAGAAACGGGCCAGGAAGGGCAUUCAAAAUUUAUAUUGUAAAUAAAAAUGCAACUGGAGCUCAGCUUUAAACCAAA